GUUGGUAUGUCUCUGAAUUCUGUAGGGUAGGUCAAAACCAAGUCGAAAGGUAGGUGUUGUCGCAAAGCAAUUGGUUAAACGUUUUAUGAGGUUUGUUAUUUCGUCGAUAACGUGGAAAUUUGUAAUAAUUUAAUUCCAUUGCAUAAUUCGUUAAAUAUGGCGGAUCCUAGAGUAAAAGUUAUUAAAAUCAAGACAGGUGUCGUGAAACGUCUGACGAAGGAAAAGGUGGUAUAUGAACAAGAAGCAGAGAAACAAAAAGAGAGAGUCCAGAAACUCAAAGAAGAAGAAAAAGAUGAACAUAUUAUACGGAAACAAGAAGAAGUAUUGCAAGAGUCUAUGAUGAUGGUUCCAGAUUGCCAGCGACGCUUAUGGAAGGCUUAUGAGGAACUCAAGGGAAUAAUUGACAAUGAAUCAGACAUGGCUGAAAAUGAAGAUUAUAUGGCAGCUGUGAAGGCUUUGGAAGAUGCGAAACCUCAGCUGCCAACAAUAAUGGCAAACAUGUCUUAAAACUUUAUU